UCAUAUUUUUAAGAUUAAUCAGCUAUUAUUUUUUGCCGUAAGAUGUCUUGCAUAACUGCCACGUCUCUUUAUAAGCGUUUUCUGCAUUGAGAUCUGUUGUUCCAAUCGAUGUGCACAAAAAUGAUCCCCUUCAGUUUCUGCGCAUGCAGCCUUGAAUACAUUGUUAGAUUUGUAGUGUGCUCUUUCAUCUUUAUCACAUUUUAUCUCCUCGAGACUUGUUUUUGAUCGCGAAGUCAUAAGAAUGUUUAUUUUGGUGUGAGAAUACUUGUGAUAAUGGGGAGGAAGAUGGUGCUGCCUGCCAUCAAGAAUUCAGUAAAAUGUCACAGAAGUGGGUUAAAUGGGGAGAGGAGUUUCUAUCCUCAUCCUCUUCUUCAGAAUUGAUCCUGUUGAAAAACACUGACACAUCUGUGCAACAACUGUAAUUUACUGUGGUCUUUCUUUACACUAGUGAACUAGGUUUUAUCUCUGAAGGAUAUUGUUAUAUCUAUUGCUGAUUAGCCCGUGUAUUUGAGAUAGGUGAUAUGUGAUGUGUUUUGAGUUAAAACAGCUAAAACACUAACGUCUGUAUGCCACUUACCAAAUAUCAUCUGAAAUACCAUACCCCACAGCCAUGUCCCUCGGCUCCUUAUCCUCUAAAAAUAGAGCCCUUUUACCAUUCUUAGCAACAGGAGAGAGAAACAUGCUGGGGAACUGUAAGAGAUCUUUUUUGUGCAGACACAGUGUGUCAAUAAUGCUCCAGCUUGAUUAAAUCACUUUUAUUUUUUAGCACUUGAUGUCCAACCAAAAAGUCACCCACAACUGUCAGGACUUUCAUAGUUGAAGUGGUUUGUUAAAUGGCCAAGUUAGCAAUAUGAGAGAAGUGAUACUUCAUUAGUCAGGUUUAUAAACCUUCCCACAAGAGCUGAAGUAUGUGCGGAAGUUUGCAGCGAUUGAAGACAGCCCAGUGUCUCACACUCACCUGUUUUUUCAGACGCGAUGGAUUUUUGUUUAGCUGCAGGAUCAGCUUUUGGCCGGAAAAUGCCAGAAUAUGACAGUCCAUUUCAUUAUGAUUAUGAAUCCCUGAGGAUCGGUGGUAUGAUCUUUGCUGUGAUCCUCUUCUUGAUGGGGAUCUUCCUCAUUAUCAGUCGGAAAUGCCGCUGCAAAGGGAACAAGUCCAAGCCAGUGGGUCUCGACCCAGAGGCAGCCAGAGGUGCAAAAUAAAGUUAGCCGAGGGAACCGAGAAAAAAGAGUCAUACAUGUAUACGGACCAGAGUGCCUUUCAUUACGAUUAUGAGACGUUGCGGACUACGGGUGUCGUCCUUGCUGUGGUUAUGUUCGUAACUGGGAUUCUUAUUGCUAUGAGUAAAAAGUUCAAAUGCUCAAAAUCCAAAUCUAGUCCAGUGGAAGGCCCUCAGCCACCGAAGACAGAAGUUCCACCUCAGACAGUGUAAAGCAGAUGGUGCGACAGGGCGGCCCGUUUCAGCUAGAAGAAAUGCUCAGUUGCACAGAAAUGUGGAGGAGAAUCAAACCUGCUUGACCUUUUUUUUGUAACCUCAGCCUAAAUGCUAAUCUAAUAGGUCUAAAUCUGAUGUAUUUUUAGGUCUAUAGCACAUGUGCUACAUUACAUCACUUUUGUGUUCAACGACAACAUUCAUGAUGCAUCUCACCUGACCCCAGUUAUUUUACUCAUGCAUGAAUAAUAUGCUUUAUAUUUUGUUGUUGUUAUAUAAAGGUCAUUUAUGGAAAUAUUUAUGGAAGCAAUCAUGAAUAAUGAAUUGAAACCUUGCAGACUGAAUGACAAAUAUACUCAUAUACUAUAUUGUAGAUAAAAUUACAUAAAAUGUAAGACAACUUUCUAGUUCUUUUAGUCUUGUAGUAUAUAUGAAGAGCAAAAGCCUCUAAGUGCAUUAGAAAAGGAUCAAUACAUUGCCAUUAAAGUACAUUUACCUAAACAUAGGAGCCUGAUAAUUUUUUUAGAUGACACUUAGAGACCUUUGCAUCUGAACUCCUCAUAUUUAUUCACUCUUUUAGAUUUUUUGUGUAUUUGAAAUACUAUUGAAUGUGUUUCACAAUUAUUGGCAUAUAUCAUAUUUCAGUGGAGGUUAAUUUUUUCA